AUGGCAGCAAUUGAAGCAGCACUCGCCCAGCUGCAGCGCACUGGCAGCCAGUUCCUCGCCUUCCUCAGGACCCACUCUGAUCUCCCAAUCGUCCACAUCCUCGCCACCCCGUGGCGCUGGACAACCAGCUCCACAUUCUACACCGCCGUCACCACAAAGUCCACCACCUCCCCUCCACUCCUCCCGCACAACAGAGUCAUCAACGACGCCCUUUUCGUUGGCUCCAUCAUGACCGCCCUCAUCGUCCUCUACAGGAUGUUUGUAUGGUCCCACCCCAAAUCUGGUCGUGUCAAACAGAUCCUAGCGGCUCCUCUCAUCCUGGUCCUGUUGCUGGUGCCGUUGUUGUACACUUGUCCGAUUGUGUUUUUCCACUUUGCGAUGACAGUUGCUUCCAUUGCGACGGUUACUAGGAUGGUGGAUUUGUACUAUGUUCAGCCUUGGACUGGGGUGCCGAGUCGGUAUUUCUUGGCCGGAAGGACUGCAGGGGCUGCGAAGGAUGAAACUGCGAGAUCCAAGAAGUCUGAUUCUUCUUCCGCUUCUUCCACAACCUCGACCGGGACGAUGGCCACAACAUCAACGACGACGACGACUGGAUCGAUCAUCGAGAUCGGCGAUCCCUUCCACUGGGACAAGGACCGUUUCCAAGGCGAACUUUGGUCCCCCAUGCGAAAACAAACCGGCAAAACGUCUCCUCCCACGAUCGGCUACUCCUGGAAAGACCUCCUCCCAUCCUUCCUGGUCUACUUCACUAUCUUUGACUCCAUCACCUAUUUCAUGUCCUUCUACACCGCCUCCGAGAUGCUUUCUUCGCCAACACUCGAGUACGGCCUCAUGGUCUUCGCCGUAUGCUCGUUUGUGAUCUUUUACAUCCGAACCACCGUCUCCCUCACCGCCAUUGUGUACUCGGCUUCGACUGGGAGCAGAGCCGACCCAAGGGAGUGGACGAUGCUCGAUACCAAGUUACCGCUUUUUGCAUACUCGCCAACGGAUUUCUGGAUCAACUGGCAGACGCUUUUCCGAUACAUCUGGGUCGAUCUUGGUUUCAACCCUGUCCAGCGGUGGUGUAGGAAGCACCUUGGCCCGGAACGGUUAGGUCGUCGAGGUUCUCAAUUGGCGCGCGAGAUCCUCCCCGUCUAUGCAGUCUUCUUCCUCUCCGGAGCCAUGCACGCCUACAUUGUCUACGCCCUGUGGAGGGAGCCGAUCUGGAGUCAGGUGGCGUACUUUAUGAUCCAGGCUACUGGUGUCGUAAUCUCCAAGGCUAUCGAAAGGAGUCCUGUUGGGAGAGCUAUCCAGCGAACGUAUAACGGUGGUUCUCCGAUGAAGCAGUGUGUGAUGAGAGGGGGUGGGAUUCUGGUGAUGAUGGUGUAUCACCUGGUGACGGCGCCAUUCUUUAUCUAUCCGUACCAGAAGCAAGGAAUGUGGCUCGAUAUCAAGCAGAUGAGCGCCCUUGUCCGCACCUUCCGAAAGUAG